GAUAAUGGGGUCGGCCCAGUUCAGUUCCUUUACUCAGUAGUCAUUGCCCCUUUUGGUUCUUUCAGUUCUGUUCAGUUCUGUUCAUUUCAUCCUAUGCCAAUGGCACACACCCAAAGAGAUUCUUUCGUUGCUGCCUCUGCUAAUCUACUGGUUGGAGAACAGCUUUAACUUCUAUAGUUGACACCAGCAUAAUACUUAUUUAUAUAUUUAUAUUAAGAUAUGGCUGAGAGUACAGCUGCAAGUAUUACUGACCAGAAGGCAAAAGGGAAACUGACUGUAUAUAUUUGGGAUAUGGAUGAGACACUUAUACUUCUUAAGUCUUUGUUGAAUGGAACCUAUGCUGAGGCUUUCAAUGGUGUAAAGAAUGUACAAGAGGGUGUGGAGAUAGGAAAGAUGUGGGAGAAACAUAUCCUUGACUUGUGUGAUAACUAUUUCUUUUAUGAACAGAUUGAAGACUACAAUAAGCCAUUUCUUAGUUUGUUGAGUGAAUAUGACGAUGGACGGGAUCUUUUAGGCUAUGAUUUUAACCAAGAUGGUUUUGGUUCUCUUGAUGAUGAUGCAAACAAAAGAAAACUAGCUUAUCGGCAUCGAAUCAUUGCCGAAAACUAUAAAAAGGGUUUGAAUGGUGUUCUUGAUCAAGAGUUGAUGAAACAGUGGGAUGAAUUGUACAAUAUGACUGACAAAUAUACAGAUGGAUGGCUGUCUUCAGCUCGUACCUUCUUGGAGGAGUGUUCUGCUGGGAAGGAAGAAUCAUCUGUUGCCACUGCUGAUGGGAUAACCGACUCUGCUGCUUCAAAAUCUCAGCAUGUUAAUGUUUUAGUGACAUCUGGAUCAUUGAUUCCCAGCCUUGUAAAAUGCUUGCUCUUUCGGUUCGACAAUAUCAUAACACAUGAAAAUGUCUAUAGUUCAUGGGAUGUGGGUAAACCUCAAUGUUUUCAAUGGAUCAAAGAACGUUUUAACAGCUCAAGUGUCCGUUUUUGUGUAAUCGGUGAUGGGUGGGAAGAGUGUGAAGCUGCAGAAAUUAUGCAAUGGCCAUUUAUUAAAAUUGAUCCACGGCCAGGUUGCACCGAAAGGUUUCCUGGCCUCACACUGAAGACAAUCGGAUUCUAUCUUUCUGUUGUGUAUGGAAAUUCUGACCCCGAAGAUGAUUAAGAGUAAUUUGAGUAAGCAAGAUUUAUUUUCUUUUGCUAACCAAGAGAAACAUUACAAACUAUUAACCAAGAUUGAUGACGAUAAGGAAUUCUCAAGCUGCAUGAGAAUUCCAAUUGUUACUAUAGGAAGGUAAAUUCUUCCUUCCAAGUACACUUUUGAUUUUAUGUGUACUACUGUUUGGGCUUAGAUGGCAUUUUUUCUUGUAUAUCAGCUGAUUGGUUAUGGUUCAAGGUAAACCCCUUAUGACUGAACUCUUGUAUAUAUGAUCAAAAGUCCAUUUUGAUUUGUGAUAUGAUAUCAAGUUCUUAUAUCAUUACCAUAAGCUAACCAA